CCUCUCAGUCUACCUCCAGCCACCGUGACGAGAGGACAUGCAUCCCACUUCCCUGUGGCGUUCAUGUCUGAAGGAUUCAUUUUAAAACUGUGAUUCUGGUGUUUACUUGAAUAAAAAACCCAAGACCGCCGGCGUACUACUGUGUGUGUGAAGCGUUCCCGUGUUGACACUUGCUCCUUCGCCAGAUCCAAGCAAUUACAAACAUAUAAAUUCGUUCACGUGUGGGACGAGGAUGACAAAAAAGUUUUGAAAUCCAGUUUUCUAGUGGGUGUUGUGGAAGGUCCUCCAGCCUGCUUCCUGAGGUCGAGUGGCCCUCCAGCCUGCUUCCUGAGGUCGAGUGGCCCUCCAGCCUGCUUUCUGAGGUCGAGUGCCCUCCUGCCUGUUUUUUAAGGUCGAGUGGCCCUCCAGCCUGUUUUUUGAGGUCCAGUGGCCCUCCAGCCUGUUUUUUGAGAUCGAGUGGUACACUAGCCUUCUUCCUGAGGUUGAGUGGCCCUCCAGCCCGCUUCCCGAGACCGAAUUCCACUCCAACUAGUUUACUGAGGAUUCCUGACACCAAAAACAGAGUACCAAAUGUUGAUGAAAACAUCAACAUAGGACACGAGGGACACAAUUGCUCAAAACUUUACUGAGUGCCUGAGGAAGUGAUUGCCAGAGGAACAGUGCCACUUUCUGCUCAACUCCCUACUGAGUGCCAGUAGCGGCUCAUGUCCUUGUCAGAUAAGCAGUAAGACAAGCAGUGCCAUCAGAAGAUGCAGUCAGCACUGAUGUACUGAGUGUGAGAGGCAGUCGUGACCAUCAAGCGUGUGUGUGUGUGUGUGUGCGCGCGCGCAAGUGUGUGUUUGUGUUUGUGUUGUGUCAGAGGUCAGGAGGCCACAAGCAGCACACGGGCCAGCUGUGUGUUGAGGUCAGCCGGUGGCUGCUGUCUUGGGCUGCUACUGCAUCAGGCCUUACAACUGGUCCUGACUUCUGGCGUCAGACCUUACAACCGGUCUUGACUUCUGGCGUCAGACCUUACAACCGGUCCUGACAUAUGGUGUCAGACCAUACAACCGGUCCUGACUUAUGUUGUCAGACCGUACAACCGGUCCUGACUUCUGGUGUCACACCUUACAGCCAGUCCUGACUUCCGGUGUCACACCUUACAACCGGUCCUGACUUCUGGUGUCAGAUCAUGUUGACGAAGAGUUCGAGGUGAGGGUUAUCAUUCCUUUCGCCAAGAAGUGACUGGCUGAAGAGGCAAGCAAGGGAUUCACAGCUCAAUCUGAACUAUAAAACUUGUCUUCAGCCAUGGGUGACGCUGGCCAAAACACGGCAUCGGCCCCCACAACUACGGACCUUCACGCCACAGACAUUACGGAGAGGAACAGUGAGCUGCCCAAGAGCUCCAACGAAGCCGUAAACACGAAAGCAGAGCAGAAUGAAGCGGUGGGAAGAACUGGAGAUCACGAUGAUGCCCAGAGCACUUGCUCAAGCACCUCCUCCACACCAUCUUCCACGUCCUCGGAGGCAACUAGCUCCUCUUCGUCAGAGGGCGGCGCCCAGAGGGCCAUCCACAUCGAAGAUUCGGACAAGAAGUACAUCGUAGUGGAGCCCACUAAACCCAAGACUUGGCUGGCCGCUUACAAGUCGCUGGCACCGAGGACUCGUCAAACUGUGCGCACCGCGGCCAUCGCUAUCCUCUCCGCCCUCGCCCUCGUUGCUAUCUUCCACUUGGCCAAACUUGCGGAACAUCCUGUCAGUGAGAACGUCGUCGAUGUGUCGGCGGAGGAGGGCAAGACGCAGCAACAGCAACAACAGCAGCAGGCGGCAGCAGCAGCAGCUUGGGGAGGACAAGAUGUGCUCAAAACAUCUGGCGGCAAGGUUUUUGUACCACCAGGUGCUGGAGAGGACUGGCGAGGAGGGAAGGAGUUCGCGAAGGCAGUAGCAAAAACGCUGGCGGGUAAAUCCUGUGAAAGACUUGGGCCCACGGCGGGAAGGUCGCCAUUCACCCAUCCUCAACGUUCCUGUUGA